CUCAGGAAAAGAAAACAGAUUGUGGCGUCUGAUACAGCUGAUGCCGAGGAAUUGAACAAAGAUGCAGUGAUGGCGGGAAGUGUAGCAGCUGUAGUGUAUAAACAGGCACUGAUGGAGUUCCCAGAGGAUGUGAAUUUUGCAUUAUCAUUCCUACCAAUAUGCCAGCUGUUUGAUUUUGCUAAGGGCCAAGAGCAAGAAAUAUUCUCUAAUAUACUGAAGACGUUCCCAGACAGACCAGAGACGUAUGAUGCCAUUGCAAGACGGCAUAUCCACACAGCCUCUGCACUCGAUGACAUGGACCUAAAAGACAAAGAAAUUCAGAAAUGUUAUGAUGUGUUCCAAGAAGCGGUUACCAAAGUGACUGGAGAUAAGAUAUGGAGCCUUUACAUGGAAGCUUGCCUGGAUCUGGUUCAAAUGGAGUUCCCCAAGAAAACACCUUUACCUGAAUGGGUUGGUAUUGUAGGGUAUUGA